UCCUGAUUCUUGUUUCUCUAUUUUCUCCUCUGAGUGUUGCAAGCAUGUAUUCUGAAAUGGGAACAACAAUAUUGAACAUCCGUUCCAAGUGAACAUCAUCGGUAAAGAUAACAACAAUAUCGAUAAACAUAUUUAUAUUGAAUAACGUUUUGUGUGUGUAUUUUCAUCGCAUCUUUUCAGAUCAAAAAUGAUUUUACUAUUGAAAUGGUUUUACAAAGUAAAUAAAGCUGUUCAACCUUUAAGGCGUAAAAAGCCUCAGUUUCAUGAAAGCUCAUUGAUAAAAUAUUAUCACCAGCAGCAACAUUUACCGGCAAACAUUGGAACAACAAUGAAAACAGUUUAAACUCGUUAAUUGUACAACUUUGUUUUUCCCAGCAUUUCAACGAUUCUUCAUCAGUUGUUCAGUUGAUACAAAGAAAUGGCUCAAAGAACAAGGUUAAUCAAGGAAUAAGAAAAUUGUCUUUUUUUUCUCAUUACAUUUUCUCGAAAUGAUUUUCUGUGUUUACUUUUUGUUAUCAUUACCAACUGAAUCAUUUCAAUCAUGAUCAAUGAGAAAUUCAUUUACAGUGAAAAAUAAUUUUGUGGAUAAUUUUAUUUUUUAUCAAACGGAACGAAACAAAAAACAAUUUGUUUUUGCUUCUUUUUAAAGUCAUCAAUUUGCUCUCUUCCGCCUUCUCCUGAUUAUCAUGUGGAAAGCCUUUGGAACGGAUACAGAUAAUAAUGAUAAUCGACCUCACAUUGGUUACUUCCGACCAAGAAUAUCUUCAAUUUCCGGUGCUUUACAUAGUUUAACCAAACAACGUUUCCUGACUCCACCGACAACCGCCGUAAAAGAUGAAGACUCGACUCGUAACCUGGGCCCAGUCAGUGGAGGCCUACCCUUGUCUACAAGUGGAGUUAUUGGUGGCCUUGUGGGCGGUCAUCCAUUCGGUGGCAUCAACCCGUCCUCAUUCGAUGUCUACUCAUUCGAUGCUUCUCGUAUCAAUGGCGCUUGUCUGACUGGGACUGUUGCCCCUUCACCAACUCGAUCCUCAUACGGUGAGCUUCUUGCCUAUUCACGGUCACCUUCAGCUCGAGCAUCAAUCGACUCAACAGCAGCCCAUGCAGUCUAUGAUAUUGACUUGGAAGGUGAUCACAAUUCAACCACGGAAGAUGAAGGAACAGACAAUCCCAAUAAAUGCUCAAAUCGAGCUCAAAAAUGGAGCCGAGGAAUAAUAUUAACGUUAAUCAUAUCAUUUUCAUGGGUUGGAGCCUUCCAUCUGUUUAGGUUUUGCUAUGAGAAGGGUCAAAUUAACACCCACCUAAUCCAUAAUUAUAACACUAAUAAUUUAAAUAACAAUAACCACGAUAACGCUGUUAAUUAUCAUCAUUUCAAUGAUACUGCAACAACCAUUCCUUCCAAUGAAAGUGAGUUAAAACCAUCGUCAAAAUAUGGUGAUGCUACAUUUGAUGCUCCAUUCUUCAUGGCCUGGUAUGCUUCCUUAUGGAAUGUCCUUUUCCUGCCAAUAUUUGCAUCAUUCAAAGUUUGCUGCUUCAAUAAGGAUAAAACAUCAACCAAAAAGAUGAUUGUUGAAAGCAUUCAACAGUUCAUGGAAAGAGGUUUUUCGUUAUUACAAUUUUUCACUCGAUGUGGCUUAUUCUGUAUUUUAUGGAUUCUAUCCAAUUAUCUUCUCAUCUAUACCAUUCGAAAGCUUGAUACUACGGUUGUUAUAGCUCUUUUUGCUUGUUCCGUUUCCUUUGUAUACUUACUUUCCUGGGUUGUUUUACACCAGCAAUUUGUUGGAAUCAGAAUUGUUGGACUGAUACUUUGUAAUACAGGAACUGCGCUUUUGGCCUACAUGGAUGGUGUAAAUAGGACGACUCUUUCAAAUGUUUUGAUCGCAAUGAUUGCCUGUUGUGCUGCAGCUAUUUAUAAGGUAUUUUAUAAGCGAACCUUAGGAUACACAACAUUCGCUCAAACCUCAUUAUUUUUCACUUUGGUUGGUUUUAUGAAUGCCUUUCUCAUCUGGCCCAUGGUUUUGUUACUUUACUUCACCGGAGCGGAAACACUCUCAUGGACUCAUAUUCCUUGGCUUCCGCUUUCAGGUGCUGCAGCCUUAAGUUUAAAUGCUAAUAUUUUGGGAAGCUUCGGUUUAUGUUGGACUUAUGAAAUAUUUUUAACCCUUGGACUUUUAUUUGCUAUCCCUUUCUCAGCUGUGAUCGAUGCAACUAUCUACAAAGUUAGCUUCAUAGAAAUGAAACUUGGUGGAAUAUUGUUGAUUAUGUUUGGAUUUGUAAUUGUUUUAUUACCUGAUAAUUGGAACCAAUAUUUAGCCAACAUACUGCGAUCUCGAUUAGCUAAAUGGAAAAGAAAUGAACAGCUUAAAAAAAACGGAUCAAGGGUCCAGGAUACCUCGACGGCUCAACUAUCAAGACUGAGAACACCAAGUGGAAGAGUCAAAUGAUGAUUAAACCAAAUUAUGGUAUUAAUUCUAAUAGCAAUGCAAGAAUGUCUUCAUCAACAUCAGCAUCUUCAACGAUUAAAACUUGAUUGAAAUAAAAAAAUCAACUGAUGUUAAAGAUGAGGCGAAGCCCGAUGGGUUGCCCUGUGACCCAAAAUGUUGUCCUGAUCAAAACAAAAAUAUAAUCGCAUCAAACACACUUUUAAACACCAAACUAAAUAACCAAUGACAAUUUUAAAGAUAAUUUUGUCUAUCUUUUUUCCUGUUAUAAUUUAUAAAAGAUCAUUAUUUUAUUGUUAUUGCUAACUGUUAACUCUUUUUAUGAUUUUAUUUCUUUUGUUGUAAUAAGUUCCAUGUAAUGAUUAUGAUACUAUCAACAUGCAAUGUUAGGGCAAUCAAACGAGGAUAAGAAUUGUAAUUAUGCCUAAAAUAUUUCUUGCUACUCUCAUUUGCUUUCUCUAAACAAACAUUAUGGCAAUCAAUUUAAUUUAAUUACAAUUUCUUCUUGUUUCUCAUUCUAUUGAAAAAUAUUUCCAUUUCUGGGAAAUAUUUUACUCAAAAUGUAAGCAACGAAAAAUCAAAGUAUACUUACUUUAAUUUUUGCUAGUAGUUAAUCAAAACUGCUCACAUUAAAUGCUCUUAUUCUGUGAUUAAAA